UGGCAUGUCACAGAGAGAGGCCGGGGGGGCACCGGCCAUGCCAGGAGUGGGGCCCAGCCCGGCUCGGGCCCAGCGGCAGCUGCGCACAGGCACCGACUGGAAGAGGGGCCGCCUGCGCAGGACAAGGCAGGACCUGUGGGAAGGGACCAGCUGGAGCACCCAAAGGUGGCGCAGAGCUGCCCCUAGCCCACGGGGGGGCAGGGCUGGGAGCCUGGCUCACGGCAGGAGUGAAGCCAGUCCCCAGAACGCCGCGCGUGAGCGGAGCCGGGUGAGGACGCUGCGCCAGGCCUUCCUGGCGCUGCAGGCCGCACUGCCUGCCGUGCCGCCGGACACCAAGCUCUCCAAGCUGGAUGUGCUGGUGCUGGCCACCAGCUACAUCGCCCACCUCACCCGCAUGCUCGGCCACGAGCUGCCUGGCCCUGCCUGGCCACCCUUCCUGCGCGGACUCCGCUACUUGCACCCUCUCAAGAAGUGGCCGAUGCGCUCUCGCCUCUACGCUGGUGGCCUGGGAUCCCCUGGCCUUGACUCAAGCACAGCCACCCCCUCCAGUCAAAGGGCCAAAGAGGCAGAGGUCGGGAUUCAAGACGCUCUCCUUCCGGCCUGGCCACUCUCUCCAGCUCUUUGUGACGAAUGA